AUGGAUCCAUUACGCACAGGGACACCAACGCCGCCGACGCUGUCGGGGGGGAUAGGCAAUGGGACGGCAUUAGGGUUGGGAGUACCGGAUCGGACGAGUCCGUUGCAGACGUUCGCGCUUCUUAUCCUCUUCUCGUUUCCCUCGAUGGCGUUGGUUGUUGUGUCAUUGAGGGCUGCGGGACGCUGGGCUUGGAGGCAAUUCGGAUGGGACGAUGGUCUAAUCUGCAUAUCCAUGUUUAUGUCUGCGAUCGAGACGGCAGCAAGCUACAAGUUCAUCAAAACCAACUACGUCGGUAUCAGGGGCCGAGACAUCCCACUCCACGACCCCACCGAGGGCAUGAUCUGGAACUACGCCGUCCAAAUUCUUUACAACCCCAUUCUCGCCCUUGUCAAGCUCUCCGUCCUCAUCUUCCUUUACCGCCUCUUCGCCCACAAGCGCGGCGUGAAGCUCUACGUCCUCGGCCUCGCCGGCAUCACCGCCGCCCAGAUGGUGGCCGUCGCAGUCGCCAUCACCCUGCAGUGCACGCCCAUCUCCUUCAACUGGACGCCCACCCUCAGGGGCGGCCGCUGCGUCGAUCAACGCUCGCUGUACAUAUCGACGGCGGCGUUCACCAUCUUGACGGAUGUGUUGGUGCUUUUGUUGCCGGCGUAUAUUUUUAGGGAUUUGAAUAUUCCCAAGAAGACGAAGAUUGCACUGCUCGUUGUCUUUUUGCUGGGUGGACUUGUCACCGCGGCCAGUAUUGCUCGGCUCGUUAUCCUCAUCGUCGGCCUCUACGGCUUUGCACCCAACCCUGACCCAACCUACAACAUUGGCUUCGUCACCUCCGCCAUCGAGACCAACCUUGCCCUCAUCACGGCCUCGGCCCCUGCUCUCAUGCCCCUUCUCAAGUCCUGGUUCCCUAGCGUGUUCGGCCACAACGAGCCAAGCGGUCGUGAAAAGGCUACCAUGAGGAAUGCUAGGACCAAGGCCACGCCGAGGGAUAGUGAUGAGGAAGGUCUCUACACGACCUCAUCGGGUGGUCAGAAGCAGUAUGGUUAA